UGUAAGUAAAUUAGGCCGGUGAAUUGAAGCCCUCAAAAUAUUUUAGUUGUUCCUAUGGCUUCAAGCAACGACAACUACGCAAACAAAAAUAAAAGGUUUUCUGAAUCCAGAAACAACGCACCAUUUCCAAAAUCGAAACCAUGAACCCUAACAAAUCCAGUGUUGUUGCAUCAUCCCUAAUCAUCUCUGCAUUCUUGAUGUUGGCGUAUUUUUAUUUGGGGGUUGAAACGGUUGAAGAUGAUAUGAUAAAUGAUCAAAAGACAGGCGGAAUUCGUGAUAUUGCGGACCAAUCCGUAAACGGGGCCGAGAUGGAAACCCUCGCUCGAUUCGCCGUCGAAGAACACAACAAAAAGGAGAACUCAUCUCUAAAGUUUUCUAGAUUAUUAAAGGCAAGAGAGCAGGUGGUGGCUGGUAAGAUGUAUCAUCUGACAUUGGAGGCAACAGAUGGUGAUGGCAAGAUAAAAGUAUAUGAAACUCAAGUUUGGGUGCAGACUUGGAAUGACAUGAAGCAGAUGAAAGAAUUUAAGAAUCCCGAAAAAGUUUUUAAGUGGUUCCUGUGGCUUCAAGCAACAGCUAACUACGCAAACAGAAUAAAACUCAUCUGA